GGUGCCAAUCUAGUGCCGAGCGACUCGUAGAUGCUUUGGGGUGCCCGCGCAUGCGACCGGGUGAAUCUCACCGCCCAUCCAGUCUAUAUCAUCAAGAAACGCCAACUUGCUGUAAAAUACUCGGAAUUGACUUCGAUGACGAACCACCGAAUGUCCGAGCCCCGUCCUUAAACCGACAAGUCGAGCAUUGCUCUUUGCUACUCAAUUGAUAUUCUUGGGGGGAAAGAAAGCAUUUCAACUUAGUUCUCAGCUUGAAAAGAGAUGUACAACGCCCAAAGUACCAUCUCUCCUCGAUAAGGAUCAGUUACUGUCCCGCACCACAGCUACUGGGGCCACCAAAAUGUGGAUAUCUACACGUCUGAAUACACAGGGCACCCGCUCGUUGAUACACCCCUCGAGAUGUCCCAUAUUGGGAUUUUCGAGUUCCUCAUCACAUAGUCGCCAUCAUUCACAUUCUCACCAGCAUCACCACCACACGAACCCCAGCUCAGAAAGCAUCACCAAGCCUGAAUUCUGGGCUUCAAAAGAAACAUGGAAAAGAGCAGCCGUUAACACAACGAGAUGCCUCGUUGGGUGUACUUCCGGGGACUUUUCCAGCAUGUGGUUCCUACAGACGUACUGGCCAGGCCUUGGAAUGGGAAUGACCAUGCCGAUCUCAAUGAUGGCAGGGCUGGCUACAUCACUUCUUCUCGAAACAUUAUUCCUCCGUUUUGGUUCUGAGCGCUUACCUUUGGUACUCGCGGGUAGGACUGCCCUGGGAAUGAGCCUCUUCUCAAUGUUGGCUAUGGAGACGGUCGAGAGCAUAGUGGAUUAUAAUCUCACUGGAGGUGUAGUGGCACUUGAUGAUCCGAAAUUCUGGCUUGCAGCGGCUGUCUCCAUGGGUGCGGGAUGGCUUGCUCCGCUGCCGUAUAAUUAUAUCCGACUUAGGAAGUAUGGGGUGGGGUGCCAUUGAUUAAGUUUAUGCAAUUAUAGAUAGUUAAAGAUAAAGUAAUAUGUAAUAUUCAGAAGGUAUUGUCGGCAGGAUUUAACAUCAACUUCUGAAUUCGAUCCGAGGUUAGGCUCAACAUACUUCAUAGACAUGCAUCGGGUAUAAGACAAACGGUGACUUUCAGAGC